AUGAACAAUCAGUACGUUCGCCGGGAGAUCUUCUGCGGGCAUACCUGUCACGAGCUCAAGCGCUUCUGGGAAAGGGAAAUCGGAAAACAAACUUAUUACCGGGAGUCAGAGGAAUACCGCCUGGGAAGGAGUGCAUUGAGAAGGCUCCGAGAAGAAUGGAAGCAGAGACUGGAAACAAAGCUGAGACUAAGGAACAACCCAGAUGAGACUGAGAAACGGGCCAGUGUUGGCCGGGAGCUUCUUGCUUCACUGACACAGGAGGAUUCGGGGCACUGA